UGUGCAUGUGUAUUAAAUCGGCAGUCGUGAAAGACCAGAGUGUUUUGAGAGUUUUAAGAAAACCUACAAAGGAUAUGUAGCUUUGUGGCCAGUUUAGUCUGUAACAGUGGGAUGCCAUAUAAUUUAAACUUGAACUUAAUCUAGAGGGGUGCAGGAUGGAAUCGAAUGGCAACCCAUGGGAACGUCAUUUGUUUUAUAGGUUAGUGUCAGAGAAGGAGACACAACCGCUAUUUUUCAUGUCAGCAUUUUUUAGUAUUUUGAAAAUAUUUGCAGAGCAAAGCUUUCUUCUUCCGUCUUGUCCUGGACUGGUCUGAGGUGGGGAAAAAGGAGACAAAAGCCUGACAAUCAGAUACCAACUCGGAUUCACUUGUUGGAGCUUCUCACAUGGGACAGACAUGGCUAAAGGAGUAUAUAUUUCUAAAACCCUGGCUAUUGCCACAGUGGUGCUGACACUGUCUGCACUUGGUGGCAUCAUUGUUAUGGUCACCCUCUACCAGAUGCAGAUAGCAAAACAACCACCACUGCCUCUACCAACCCUCCGUCCUACUACGCCGAUUCCAACAGGACUUCCACCAACACUGAGACUUCCUGACAAUUUGAUUCCAGACAGCUACGAAGUCAACCUUAAAACACAUCUCUACGCAGAACUACCCAAUGCCACCGAGCAAGUUUAUAUUUUUGAAGGGAACUCGACAGUUAGGUUUAAAUGCGUGAAAGACACAUGGACUAUCUUUCUUCAUGCCCUGGAUCUAUCAAUCGACAAAGUUAUAGUGACUCAUACUAACACAAGGGAGAACAUAGCAGUAGAGAGAUAUACUUUGCACAAUGACUCUCAUUUCUUUGAGAUCAUUCUUAAGAAACAGUUAGUAGGAAAUGGGGACUAUUAUGAUCUUUUCACUAAAUUCAGUGGGGAACUCCUAGAUGAUUUAACAGGUCUUUAUAGAAGCCAGUACACAGAGGUAACUAAUGGCAAAGAAGAGGAAAGAUUUCUCGUUGCAAGCCAGAUGCAGGCCACAGAAGCUAGAAGAGUAUUCCCUUGCUUUGAUGAACCAGCUAUGAAAGCAGUUUUUAAUAUUACUAUUAUCCACAGACCAAACACCAUUGCCCUUUCCAAUGCCAAAAUUGACUAUGAACGAUAUGUGGAUGAAAAUAUGUGGAUUGCUUCGACAUUUGCUCCAACACCAAUCAUGUCAACAUAUCUCUUGGCUUUCACAGUAAAUGCAUUUAAGGCUGAAACUGGUAAACAUGAUAACAAGGACAUAUCGAUAUGGGGCCGACCUGAGGCGGUGGAUGCUGGACAUGCCAAGUAUGCACAGGGUAUCACUGUGAAGAUUCUGCGCUUCUACGAGACGAAAUUUAACCUGAAAUAUCCAUUAAACAAACUAGAUCAGAUUGCACUCCCUGACUUCAGUGCAGGUGCUAUGGAAAACUGGGGUUUAACAAUGUACAGAGAAUCAGCUCUGUUGUGUAAGGAAGGUGUGUCCUCUUCCUCUGAUACAGAAUGGGUUGCAAUUGUGGUAGCUCAUGAGCUGGCACAUCAGUGGUUUGGGAACCUUGUCACAAUGAACUGGUGGAAUAACCUGUGGCUGAGUGAGGGAUUUGCCACAUACAUCUCAUACUUGGGAGUGGCUGACAUCGAGCCUACAUGGAACAUGAGAGAUAUGUUUGUGCUUAAAGAACUACAUCCAGUCAUGGAGAUGGAUUCACUGAACACUUCACAUCCUCUGAGCUUGAGGGAGUCUGAAGUUGAGACAACAUAUGAUAUCUUACAACUAUUUGACAGCAUCACCUACAGCAAGGGUGCAGCUGUACUUAGAAUGUUGUCUGAUUAUAUUUCGGAGGAAAAGUUUUUUGAAGGGCUUGUGUGCUACCUUGAGAAUUACAAGUACAAGACUGCUGACACUACAGACCUGUGGAAGUGUAUGCAGAAGGCUUCAGGAAAGGAAGUAGAGAGCCUUAUGACAACAUGGACAGAUCAAGCAGGCUACCCAGUCAUUAGUAUAAAUACCACCACUGGAGAAAUUGUUCAGGAGCAGUUCCUUUUAAAUCGAGCCGAGGACACUGGGCUUCAAUGGCAGAUUCCAAUUAACAGUAUGAAAUCUGAUCCCACUCAAACAGACCCAAUUUUACUGAAAGAAAAAGGGCCCGUGGGAAUGCCUGUUUUUAAAGUCACUAAUGAUGGAUGGCUAUUAGUCAAUUUAAACUGCAACGGUUAUUAUAGAGUGAACUAUGAUGAACAGAACUGGAAUAGACUUAUUAACCAACUGGAGAGUAAUCAUCAAACUAUCCCACUUAUCAACCGAGGCCAGUUAAUUGAUGAUGCAUUUAAUCUUGCUAGGGCCAAAUACAUCAAUGUCACGCUGGCAUUGAGCACAACAAAGUAUCUGAUAAAUGAAACUGAGUAUGUUCCAUGGGAGUCAGCUCUGAACAACUUGGGUUACUUUAUUCUCAUGUUUGAUCGCUCUGAGGUCUACGGCCCCAUGCAGAAAUACUUACGAAAGCAAGUUGACCGACUUUACAUCUACUUCCAAGAGUACAAUGAUAAUGCAACUGUUCCAAUGAACCUUUCUGACCAGUAUAAUCAAAUAAAUGCCAUUUCAGUGGCCUGCAGCAAUGGUGUUAAAGAGUGCUUGGAUAUGGCAACAACGCUGUUUGACGAGUGGCAAAAUGGGACAGAUCGGAUUCCACCUAAUUUAAAGUCCACCAUCUACUGCAAUGCUAUAGCAGCUGGAAAUGAGGAUGACUGGGAAUUUGCAUGGAAAAAAUAUGAAGAAUCUAGAGUUGCCUCAGAACAAGAUGUACUAAGAUAUGCAUUGUCCUGUACCAAAAUGAUCUGGCUCUUAAACCGAUACCUUGAGUACACUCUAGAUCCUAACAAGAUAAGGAAAAUGGAUGUAGUGUCUACAAUUAACUACAUUGCCAGGAAUGUAGCUGGACAAGCUCUUGCAUGGGAUUUCAUUCGGGCCCAAUGGGACUACAUAAGUCAGCUGUACGGAGGUGGAAUAAUGUCCUAUGGAAGCUUGAUUAAUGGCGUGACUGAGAGGUUCAACACAGAGUUUGAGCUCCAACAGCUGAAGCAGUUCAAAAGCGAACAUGAUGGGGAUAGCCUCGGGCCAACCUCACAAGCUCUUGAUCAGGCAAUUGAGAGGACUGAAGCCAACAUUAAAUGGGUGAAAGAGAAUAAACAGACUGUGUUGAACUGGUUCAGAGAACAGACACAGGUCCCCUGAGCAUUUGCACAACUCAGUAUGCAUAGAAGAGCUAGAGCAAUGAGAAACAGAUGUUGAGUACUGGUGUGGUUAUAGAGACAACAUCCUGUGUUUCACAAUGUUUUGUUUUUCCACAAGCAAAGCCUGUUUCAUAAGGAAAUCUCAUCAUUGAAUCGAAAAAGAAAACCGGCCUUUUUCCUUUUUUCCAGAAAAGACUAGGUUAGUCAAACUGAUGAAAUUGAGAUUAGGGAUAAAUAUAACAAUUAGGUAUUGAUCUGAUUAAAAUUAAGAAUUAUGUGAUCAUUCAUCAUUUUAAAGAAUUUUUAUACUAAACCAAACUGAUUAUUAUUGCAUUGAAAAUAACCAUAGAUUUGUUAUAGUUAUCUAUAUUACUGGUGCUGAUUGAAUGCCUAAUGAAUACAAAAUGUUAUAUAAAUACAUUUUAGUCUCAACAUUAACCUGUGGAUUUUAUGGAUUUAAUUUAAUUUAUUGCUUCACCCAUGUUAACACAGAUGAUGUAUCAUCCAAGCUACUUAUUCGGGCAUAUUAUUUUAAGUAAAUAAUUUUAUUUACUCAUUUAGUAUAUUUUGUAAGUAUAGUAACUAGUAUAGAUUCAUAUGCAUAAAUACCUUGCCUAAAACAAUCUCUUUUGAAUUAAAUUAAAAUAUAAAACCUUUGGAUUAAUAUUAUUGUUCUCUUAAACGUAAUUUUCCAUUUGAUCAAUAUCCAUUUAAUGUUAUUGUAGGUACACUUAGUUGACCGUGAAUUAGAUCCACAUGCCUUAUAUCUGUACUCAUUGGCAUCAUAUGAGUACAGGUAUAAGGCAUCACAGUAUAGAGGCUCUUUGUAGGUAGAAAACUACUGACUGUAGUCCAUCUGUGACUAUAUCAAUUUUGCCACCUGUCUUCUCCCUGUGUACCUAAGAAAAUUUAUUUUCCCCUGAAAAAUCCCAGAACUGCUUCUGUACCAAAGACAUGUCAGCCACACAAACAACGUACCAAGAAUGCUCCACAGCCCAAAGAACAUCUGGUUAGUGGUGAUCACAGUCUAUUGAAGGAAUGGUGUGACUGUGGCUGAUAAUAUGUAGUUCGUUAAAAAUUGUCUAGCAGUAAAGAAAAAACACUAGAACAACUACAUUUCCAAGGUAAUAAUAUUUGACAUAAUCCUAAUACAAAGCCCUGCACCGACACAAACCUCAAUUAUUAAUAAAAUGUCAUUUAUUAGUUCUUUACAUAAAAAUGUUUAUAUAAACAUAUCUGAGUUUACUGUAUGAAGUACAUCUGGGUAUGAAGUAUGUCUUGGUGAGAAAAUGCUUUACAAUUUUCAUCCAUGAAUUUGAUGUACUGGUCAGUCAUCCUGAAAUAAGAAUAUAGCUCAGUGUGACAUUACAAAAUUGCCUUACUUUUAUCAGACAAAGUUUGACUUUACAGUAGAAUAAGGCAGAUUAAGAUGAAUGGUGGUUAAUUUUAUUUAGCAUGACGAUUUAACAAAACCCGAUAUUAUUUUACAUAAGAUGUUCUAUUCCUAUUACAAAAAAAAAAAUUCUGAGGCCACAUUAUAAACAUCCUAAUGCAUCGGUUUCUGUUUUUUGCUAGUAAAACUGCUGUUAAAAACUCAGGUCUGUCCAACUAUGCAUAGUAUCACCAGUUCAAAUACUGAUUGAGUAGUCACUAUCUUACCCACUCAUCCUCCUCAGCCCCUUCACCCAGUGCGGCUGGCUUCACUUUACUUGGCGCAUCUGCUUUGUUUGACAUUAUUUUUUCUGUCCAUGAUUCCCCAGCUGCCUCAUCUCCUGCAAAGUUGUGCUUCGUGACAGUGCCAGCAUCCAAUUUGGCAAAGGAAA